AUGGAGGCAUCAAGCCCAGCCUGCACAGAGCUUGAAAUGAAUGUGAUGGACUGGCUUGCCAAAUUACUUGGCCUCCCUCCCCACUUCUUACAUUACCACCCAGACAGCAGUGGCGGAGGUGUGCUACAGAGUACUGUUAGUGAGUCAACUUUAAUUUCUCUGCUGGCAGCAAGAAAAGAAAAGAUACUGGAAAUGAAAAAACUUGAACCAGACACUGAAGAGUCAGUUCUUAAUUCACGGUUUAUAGCUUAUACUUCUGAUCAAGCACACUCCUCGGUGGAAAAAGCUGGUCUAAUUGCCCUUGUGAAAAUGAGAUUUCUUGCCACAGAUGAAAACUUUUCUCUGAGAGGUGAAACACUGAAGAAAGCAAUUGAAGAAGAUCGAAAAGAAGGAUGUGUGCCCAUCUUCCUUUGUGCAACAUUAGGUACAACAGGAGUCUGCGCCUUUGACCACCUGGAGGAAUUGGGACUAGUUUGCAUGAAGGAAGGUCUGUGGCUCCAUAUUGAUGCAGCAUAUGCAGGAACAGCUUUUGUAUGCCCAGAAUUUAGGGGAUUUUUGAAAGGAAUUGAAUAUGCUGAUUCAUUCACCUUUAACCCAUCUAAAUGGAUGAUGGUUCAUUUUGACUGCACAGCAUUUUGGGUGAGAGAUAAAUACAAACUGCAACAAACAUUUAAUGUCAGUCCCAUGUAUUUGAAGCAUGCCAACUCUGGUGCCACAACUGACUUCAUGCAUUGGCAGAUACCUCUAAGCCGGAGGUUUCGGUCUCUGAAGCUUUGGUUUGUAUUGCGUUCCUUUGGAAUCAGGCAACUGCAAGAACAUGUUAGACAUGGAACUAAGAUGGCAAAGUUAUUUGAAUCACUGGUGCAAAGUGAUCCCAGAUUUGAAAUUCCAGCAAAAAGGCAUCUUGGCCUGGUUGUAUUCAAUUUACAGGGACCAAAUAUUCUGACUGAAUGCCUGUUAAGAGAAUUAAUGCAAUCUGGCAGCAUGUACCUUGUCCCAGCUACAAUUCAAGACAGAUUUAUUAUUCGUUUCACAGUGACAUCUCAGUUUACCACUAAGGAAGAUGUAUUACGUGACUGGAACAUCAUUCAGCAAACCGCAAGGAAAAUAAUUAGCAAGUAUUCCAACUGUCAGCCCAUGAUAAACAUAGACUGGUUCAAGACAAAUCCUGAAAAUGAUAAAAACAGUCGCCUCAGUGAUAUUCAAGUUGCUCAAAAUCAGGUCGUGAAACAGAGAGCAGAAGAAGUAGAUUCAAGCAUCAAACAGCAAGUCAACAAGGAACAAAGAAAUCAUGAAAACUUAGUUACUUCCGACAAUGAAGAAUGCAUGAGUGCAAGUGAAGAAACAUUUGCAGGAGAUUCCCAAACAGUCAUAAAAUGCAAACCAUCCUCCUUCAUGUUCAGCAGCUGUUUAGCAGUUCAAAGCACAAAGAAGGCUGCGCGUUGUCACAGCUGCAACAGUGUGCCCAUGAAUAGUCUGAGAGAGUUCUCAUGUCAAAAUAUAUUACCCAAUGACAGCAGUACCAUAAUGAACCCCCAAGUCAGCGAUAAUAUGCUUUCAAAAUUACCUGAGAAAGUAAUGAUUCUGGAAAAAAGUGCCUUUAAAAAGCUGACUAAAUUUUAUAGUGUACCUAGUUUUCCUGAGUGCAGCAUCCAUUGUGGUGUUCAACUGCCAUGCUGUCCCCUGCAAGCUUUUAGUUAAUCAAAAAUAAUACACUUUAGCCAUAACUCCAAUAAGUAUAGUUAUGCCUGAACCAUUGACUUAUGUAUAUUAAUAUGCAAUUAUAACAAUUGUGUUCCUCGUUUACUUCCUGUUAUAUACUAAUUGUAAUGAAAAAAAUA